CCACUUUGCCCUGUGAUCAUAACCUACCAAGAGCCGCCUGAGUUCAGAGGGUGGUGGCGGAGUGGGAGGUGAAACGACGACGACGACGCUGCGACCAGAGGAGCGAGAGAGACAUAGACCGAGUGGUGCUUGUCCGGAGAGUCUAUCUCCCUGAGGUGGCCCAAACCAACGACGGUGGUAAUCCCGAAGGAGGUUACCACCGAAAAAUUGAAACACGUGUGGCUGGCUGUGCUUAAAGUCCCUCCCUCAGAGGCCCGUGAUUGGCUCAGAGUUGUCCCAUAUUUGGCUUGUGUCCUCUUAAAUCGCGAAGAUGUGCGAUUACCCGGAUGCGGAGGAAAAUACGGGAGAUUUUCUCGGCAUUGAGAACUCGCCAGCAGACGGCGAGAAGGUGUCGGGGACGGUAGAACAGCAGUUGGAGCGCCUGAACGAAAAGGAAUAUUUCGCUAGGAAGCGGCGCCACAGGUCCUUUUGGAAGAGGCCCGCCACCUACGUUUACCCCGACAAUUUCGGUUUCGGGGUCAAUACUUACCAGUCUAUGAUAGAUUAUCUAGACGCCAAAGAUCACGGUGGAAUAGCUAAUCGCGAAGACGUCCAUCUGCCGCUUCUCGAGGAGCGGUGUAUGAGAAGGUACGCGUCGUACAAUCCGUUCAGGUGGUACGACAACACUGACAUCGACAGGUACAUCGAGAAGGGGGAAAAAAUCCGCACCCAGAUCCGCCAGAACGACGCCGUCGGAAUCAGCAACGUGCUGAGGAGAACUCACACGAACUGGUCUAUGACGAGGAAGUGGGUGCAAUUAGUGAAGGAUUCGCUGAGCAGUAAGUACCGCAAAGAGCACAAGGGAUUCGAAGAGGAGGAACCGUUCUACCGUCCAGUGACACCUGUCAAACUCCUAGACAUCAGGGACAGCACGCCCGACCGUCUUGGCCUAGGUCUAACGUCUCUUACCAACAAGGCCGUCUUAUACGACCAACUUCAGGCAGAGUUCAACAGCGUGAUUAAAAGCCUCGCCCAAAGCAGGAUGGAAUACGAUAACGAGAUGGAGAAGAGGCAGCAGCGCCUCCAGUCACUCGAUGACAAAUUCGAGGAGACCAUCGACCGCAUGUACGAACAGGUACAGCGCAUCAACAGCAAGGCCGACCUAUAUGCCAACGUAGCCAAAGACCCACGCGAAAUCGAAGUCGAUACAAAAGGCUUGGUGCUUCGCAAUCAAAUCCGUAGACAGGAGGAAAUGCGUAACCUUUUGGAAUGCGUCGACGAACUCACGGAAAUGAAUAGUGCCAGAAAUCAGCUGCGCCAAAGUCUGCGCAAUCUCGACAACGAGACACGUGGUCUCAGCGGCAGGAUCGACGACAUGAGAGAACAGCACACUCAGGAGGACGACGCUGUCGCUGAAGAACUCGCCAAGAUGGACUUCCACGAUAUUAGAGACAUCGACAACACCUUCGACUAUGACCACCUGAUGGCCACGGCCAACGCCCGCAAGAAGGAAGCCCACGCCAGAGCGCUGGCCAGGAAGAGGGACGAAGAAGAAGACGUUGAAGAAAUCAAGAGCUGCAGGAAGCCCAAGCACGCACUCAUCUGGGCUAAGCAUGAUCGGGUCACCACCAGGCCCAAGCAGCCCCUCCUUCGGGAUGAAGUGAUGUCCGAUACCUUGGCCAACAUCUUGAACAAGGCAUCCUUGAUGUCAAGUGGCACUAGCGAAAGCAGAAGAAUUAACAGCCGCGCCCGUUUCAUCAACGUCUUCAAGCCCAGACCCGACACCGCCGACAGAGAACUCAUGGUGCCCCCUUCAAGGACCGAACUCAACAUUGAUUUCAUGGCCAAGACUCUGGCCCAAAAGGGAAAGUGUCUCCGCCGAUAUGAUAUUGACCAAGAAGUCGACACGCCGAAGUCCGGACUCAACACCAAUGCCCGCAAGAAUUAUUGCGAGAGGGGCAUCACCAAGCGCCGCGAGGAGUAUCCUUCCCUGAGCAACCGCGUGCGGUAUGCAAACAUCAGGUCAAGGGCAAGAAUCACUCUUCUAGGAUAUUAGUUAUCCUCCAAGUCACUCUUCCUAUCCGUUAAAUUCCGGCCAGCUUUAAAAAAAAAAGAGAAGUCGAUAAAAAAAAAAAGAGGAAAUAGGCCAAUCAUCAUCAUCCAACCUCUUAAUCCUUGACCACCUUACCACAAAAAUAAAAGCUAUUCUAAACGACGAAGAGCUUAAACGACCACAGGGGAAUAAUUUUUCACGUCUCUCCACAUCGCACGUCAGAAGAAAAAGCCACCUUCCAAUAAAGAAACGUAACUUCCAGUGUAACCUCGCUUGAGGUGAGGUGACAAUCACAAUCCCCUUCCCAGCAGAAAGGAAAGUCUUUUCUUCAUCUUGUCAUGAAGAGUCGUCAUCGUCUCUCGGAUAAAUUCUGUUUCAUCUUUCCAAGAAACCUUUUAUUGCCAACAAACUUUCUCAUCGCCAAACACCAAGAGGAUAAUGAGAGUUCCCAAACCCUCAUCAAUCUCCAUACAACUCAUACGGUGAAAAAGUGCUCUUUAUCCAGCGGCUGAAUGUGUGUCUGUGUUUGCGUGUGCGUCUGUCUCCAUGACUUUUCCCCUGCAAGAUAUGAAUAGUGACCAUAGUUCUAAAUUAGUGAUCAUCAUCGUCAUGAUUUGUAUGACCAAGUGUGCUUGGGAUCAUCGUUCACAGACUAAUUUCCCUGUUUGGAAAGAAAUACUUGUUUAUUGAUCUACGCUUCACAUUGCGUUCGGUCUGAACGAACGCAUCGUGAAUCGCACAGAAAACGAAAAAAUGCAAACGAACAAUAUCUAAGUCUUGAAACGAACCGCGUAUAUUGCUAAGAGGACUCAUUCAACUACGAAGCCGUAAUGUUAAGUUCUUUCUAAGGUUAAUAUCGCAGACUUUUUAUUUUGGUUUCAGUUUUAUUGUGUCAGUGGACUGUCUAUCUGAAGGCAACUCGGCAGUUACUGCACUAUCUGCAAUUUAUUGUUUUAUUUCUUCACAUGUCCAUGAAUAUUCAUUUUCACUCUUUGUGUAAUUAGUUUUUGUUCAAAGUUUCUUUUUUUCUGUCUUGAAUACAAUAAAGGGUACAAAAAAGUA